AUGAACGGCCACACCGAACACAUCAAUGGCGACAGAACGGCACUCGACCUGACCGUACUCGGCUUGAACAGCGGAACGAGUAUGGACGGCAUUGAUUGUGCGCUCUGCAGGUUCCGUCAAACCAGUCCGGAUGCACCUAUGCACUUCGAGCUGCUCAAGUACGGAGAAAUUCCUCUGGAGCAGAAGAUCAAGAAGAGAGUCAUGAGCAUGAUUUAUCACAACCGCACGACACCUGAGGAGCUCUCCGAAGUCAACGUCUUGUUGGGCAACACCUUUGCCGAUGCAGUCAAGGAAUUCUGCAAGGAGCAAGAUGUCUCCGUCGACAGCAUUGAUGUCAUCGGAUCGCAUGGUCAGACCAUCUGGUUGCUGAGUAUGCCUGAACCAGGCCACACGAAGAGUGCCUUGACCAUGGCCGAGGGCACCUUCAUCGCUGCACAGACUGGAAUCACUACCGUUACCGACUUCCGCGUCAGUGACCAAGCUGCUGGUCGUCAGGGAGCUCCUCUCAUCGCAUUCUUCGACGCCCUUCUCCUCCACCACCCCACCAAGCUGCGUGCUUGCCAGAACAUUGGCGGUAUCGCCAACGUCUGCUUCAUUCCACCUGACAAUGCCGGAGGUGUUGACAAGUGCUUCGACUUUGACACCGGCCCGGGUAACGUCUUCAUCGAUGCAGUUGUAAGACACUACACCGGCGGUAAGCAAGAGUACGACAAGGACGGUGCCAUGGGCAAGCGUGGUACUGUCAACCAAGAGUUGGCGAAUGAGUUCCUCGAGUUCAAAUACUUCAAGCUCGAUCCUCCGAAGACGACUGGCAGAGAAGUGUUCAGAGACACCUUGGCCCAUGAGAUGAUCGAAAAGGCCGAGAAGCUGGGUAUGUCGCCUGACGAUGUCGUGGCAACAGUUACUCGCAUCACCGCUCAAGCCAUCGUCGACCACUAUCGCCGUUACGCACCUUCACAAGAGAUCGAUGAGAUCUUCAUGUGUGGUGGCGGUGCAUACAACCCAAAUAUCACCGAGUACAUCCAGAAGAACUAUCCCAACACCAAGAUCUUCAUGCUGGAUGAUGCAGGUGUACCGGCUGGUGCAAAGGAAGCCAUCACUUUUGCAUGGCAAGCCAUGGAAGCCAUCGUCGGUCGCUCGAUUCCUGUGCCUGACCGCGUCGAGACAAGGCAGGAGUAUGUCCUUGGUAAGGUGAAUCCAGGAAAGAAUUACAGAACAGUCAUGAAGCAAGGCAUGAUGUUCGGUGAAGGCGAGAGAUUGCCGCCAGUGAAGGAAAUGGUCAAUUAUGUCAAUGGCAAGGUGUUUGAUAACAACUGGGAGUAG